UCCUGUAUUUGGUGAGAGAGGAAUGGAGCAGGAGAGUGAGAGAGUGAGAGAGAGAUAGUGAGUCAGCGAGCUUUAUCUCGGGGUCAACAGUAACUGAUCACGUCAGUGUUGGAGGAAGGAGAACAGAUUGAUUUGUGAGAUACAGUCCGCAGCCUUUCAUUUGCUUUGUCCAGAUUCCUCUGUUCAUUAACAGCGGCUGUGAAGACAAGACAGAGACAAAAAGAGGAGGGGGAAGAUAAGUGUCAAUCUGUUCAGACUUGUUUGGGAAUUUGAGCAGGGAAGGAGGGAGGAGGGGUGAAACAGCAACCGGGAGAAGAGCAGAGGGGAGAGGUUGACAGACAGACCGAGAAGGAAACCGAUGCGGAGCGAGACAGAGGGUCAGGAUUGGAUUAAAGUUGAAAUAUAAUUUUGUUCGCCAUUCUGACACCCCCCCCCCCCCCCCCCCCUUGCUUGUGUUGUGCAAUCGUUGUUAGUUUACACUACUGAACUAACUGAGAGCUGCAGAGAGAAGGGAGACUGGACAUCUCUAGCGUACUAAACUCAGGUUCUAAAAAAAGUAUGUUACCAUGGGGACCAAACGUCCCAGUCUGACUCCCUUUGAUACAUUUGAUCCAUCCAAUCAAAGCGCUUCCUACCGGAACCCUCAGCCAAUCAGCCAGAUCUACCGCGAAACAAGUCCCAGACCUGGAACUGUGGCCCGGACAGACCGAGACAGGGAGAGGAUCCAAGAGGAGGAAUGGAGGAGAGAAAGAGAAAUGGAGAGAUUGAAGGACAAAACAAGAAAUAGAAGAAAAGAGAUGGAACCCGGACCAAGAGAGAGGAACAGAGAGAAGGAGUGUGCCCUCAUAUCCAGAGGGAGGGAGGAGGAAAGGGAAUGGAGAGAGAGAGAAAGGGGGGGAGCGGGAGAGAGACGUGCCAAUGGAAGACCUACUUCAAAUCUGGAGAUCAGGAACCACAGAGACAGAGAAAAGGAGAGAAAGAAAGGAGACACGUUUCCUAGAAUGGUAAAACAUAGCAAAGAGAGAGACAGAAGAAUACGUGCAUUUGUGGAGGAAGAUGUGGGGAAAGAAGGAAUGAGACAAUUGGAGAGACCGAAGGGAACAGAGAUGGACGACUGGGAGAGAGAACGAGAGACAGCAGCAAAGAUACAGCGGUAUCGAGAUGCAGAGAGGGACUUCCAAAGGCACAGAGAGAGGGAGAGGGAGAAGGAGAGAAUCGGGGCACAGGAGGACAGAGAGAGAAAUGGAGGAAAGCCCAUGGAGGAUAAGACAGUGAGACGGAGGGAGAGAGCGAGGGAAGCGGAGCCAGAUUUCAGAGAGAGGAGAAGAGAGAGGGACUCAAAGGGUAAUGACCUACGGAGCAAAAGAGAGAGGUAUAUGGAUGGAGAGAGAGAGAGGUCAAAACUCUGGCAGGGAGAAAGAGAGGAUGGAAGAAGAGAGGGAGAUUCACAGAACUAUUCCGAUAGAGAGGGCAGGGAUGGAAGGAGGGAAGGAAAUACAGAGGGACAGAGGGACACCAGGAGUGAGGGAGACAGUGAUGGAGAGAAGAGGAAAGAGAGAGUGAGAGAUGACAACAGAAGAGAACUGAAACAUCUGCACAGUAAAAGUGAGGGGGACACUGAGGGGAACGCAGCAUGGGAUAGAGUGAGGGAGAAAGAGAAGGAGAGACAGAAAUGGAGAGGGGGGGAGAUAUACAGAGAGAGGGAUGGAAGGAGAGAUGCUUAUAGAGAGAGAGUUAGGGAAGGGGACAGGGAUGGAAAGAGUGACAUGGAGAGAUACAGAGAGAGGGACAGGAGAAAAGUGAGGGAAGUGGAGAGAGAGAGGGAUGAGGUGAGAGAAGGGGGCAGGCGAGAGGACAGACCAAGGGAAAGGAGGGACCUAGAGAAAGUGAGGGUGGGAACACAGCCCAAUGUAACUGGAGAGAGAAGGAAGCGGAUGGAUGGAGAGAGAUUCAGAGAGAGGGAGAGAUAUUCCAAGGGGGAGGAUGAAGAGAGGAGGCGCAGGGAGAAGAGGGACAGAGAGACAGAUCUCAAAAGGGAGGGAGGAGCAGACGGAGCUAGUCGAUCGCUGAGCGAGACAGCCCCAAGGGUGCCACCACGAGUCCAGAGCAGCGGAGAAUGGAGCAGUGACAUAGAGAAGGAAAGAAAAUGGAGAAGAGGAAGAGAAAGUCAUGAAGAGAAGGAGUCAGAGGGAGAGAAGGAUGUGGACAGGGGGCAGAGAGACUGUAGUGAAAGAGAGAGACCAGAUAGAGUGAGGGGGAGAGAAGAAGGAAAGGAAGAGACGAUACCAAAGCGCCCUGAGCAGAGGAGGAUGUGGUUAUUACCACAGAGGGUCAGAUAUAACAAAGACUCCUCUUUAGAGGAUGAGGUUAUAGAGCGAGAAAGAGAUAGGCACACUAACAGAUGGAGAGAGAGAAGUGAAGAAGAGGACAGAUCCGUGGAACAAAGGACAGGCAGAGAAAAAGAGAGGAAGACAGAGGGAGAAGGACAAGAGGACAGAUCCGUGGAACAAAGGACAGGCAGAGAAAAAGAGAGGAAGACAGAGGGAGAAGGACAAGAGGACAGAUCCGUGGAACAAAGGACAGGCAGAGAAAAAGAGAGGAAGACAGAGGGAGAAGGACAAGAGGACAGAUCCGUGGAACAAAGGACAGGCAGAGAAAAAGAGAGGAAGACAGAGGGAGAAGGACAAGAGGAUAGGCCGGUGGAACAAAGAAAGUCCAUAGACGAAGAGAGAGAAGCUGAGAGGGAGGGAGGGAGGGAGAGGUAUUUGGAGAGAGGGUUAAAUGUAGAUGAAGACGAUGAGACAGAAGCCUGGAGGAGUUAUAGCAGAGGAGAGGAACACCAGACUUACAGCGAUGGAGAGAGAGAGGAACGCUGGCAGAGGGACAGGGAGACGGAGAGAGAGAAUGUGACAGAUAACACAGAAGGUGACAGUGAGGAAGAAGGAGGAAGUGAUAGAUAUACACUCUUCGAGAGCGAUGGAGGAAGUGAUAGAGAGUGGGAAGGAGGGAGGGAUAGAAUCGCUUCCUCUGAGGACGGCUUUAUCACUGUGUCCAGUGGUGGAGAAGAGGAGUUUGAGGACUGCAAGGAAUUCUUGGAAGUUGGGGUUGCUAUUCAUGUUACCAGGCAACCUGUUAGCUUUCAGGGGAGCGAGGGAGAGAUGAAGAGAGGUGGAGGGAGAAGACAUGAAAGAGAGAGAGAAAGAACAGAAGAGAGGACAGAGCAAAAGGAUGAUGCAGUGGUGGGAGAGGUGAAUGAUGGAAAGGGGAAGAAGCAACCAACCUAUGUAUUCUGUGUGAUUGGGCAAACACUGCCCAGGUCAAAACCCAAUCAGACAGCAGUCUUGGGUGACAUGGAAUCAGAGCGGACCAAUCAAAAUCCUGGAUAUGGUCAUAGGGACAGUGAUGACAUCACACACCUCCCUCAUGAGAACCCUUCCAGAGAUGGAGACCAAGGGGCAGAGGAUGAGAGAAAAAUAGUGAGGGAUGAGAUCCAUGUGCCAAAGGAGGAGAGAACAGACACAGAAGAGAGCUCCAUAGUGGACGUCAGUCACACCACCCUAGAACAAGAGAGCGGAGAACGACUGAAGGUCAUGGAGGAGAACCCAUACGCUGAGAUAGAGCGAAGGAGGAACUCUGAGACCGAAAAACUCCUCAAAGAGUGGAGAGAAAGACAUGAAGAGUACACAGAAACAAGAGAGAGGGACCCAACAGACAGGAGGAGGACAGAACCAGAGAUAGGUCCAUCUUCACAUCCCAGUGGAGAGUACCACCACCAUGGGAUCCCUGUAGUUGACCAAGCCACCUCUGACCAAAAUGACCCUGGAGUGAUGAGCCCAGAGGAAGCUGUGGCCAUCCAAAUCUGUAUAAGUGAAGCCUGGAGCACAGAAGAGGAGGCCAAGCGCCACUCCCAGCCCUCACACAUGAAGUGGGCCAAGAACGUAUUGAGCGAAAUCCUUGGCAGCUCGGAGGAACCAGCCCUCAGCAACCCCCAGCCAGAGUCACAGGGAAGUCAAGAGGUCAGCCAGACUGCGAGAGGGACCGAGAGGGUAGAAGAGGAGCUAGAGGAAGAAAAGGAUGAGACGCUAGAGGGGGGAGGAGCCUCAACCGUCUACGCCACGGUUCAGAAGAGGAAGAAGCGUGGGAGGAAGUCGGUGGAGGAGAGGCUGGUUGAACGGGAGGCAGAGCCAGGGAAGCUGGAGGAUGAGAGAGGUACAGGGGAGAAACUAACAGACGUGCAUGCUGAGGCUUUCACAGCUAUGCUUGGUGAUGGCAAACCCAUAGACAUGCAUGCUGCUCUGACCCUACACAAUACUCAUGGUGACACACCUACAGACACACAGGGAGAGGAGGUGGAGGGUAACAAUGUGUGUGCGGACAGACAAACAGACAGUCAUAUACAUAUCCAGGUAGAGAUGGUGACAGAGGAUGAGGGUGAGAUGGAGAAAGGGGUCGAAGUUGGGGACGAGGUUCAUAUACUGGAUGCAGAGAAAGAAGCGAAUUCCCAGAAAGAGGAAGAUCUGUUUCUCUCUGUGAGCAACACCCUGUACAAACCAACCAGCUGCCCCAGCCUUAUAUACAACCCUGAUUCAGAACAACCUAUCACCACCACAGAGGAAAAGACGGAGGAAGAAGGGGAGAAAGAGAGGACUGUGGGAGAUGGGGAAGAGAAUAGUGUGGUAGAGAGGAAGCAGGAAAGAAGGAUCGAGGAUGGGACCGAGGACAUUGGGAAAGUGGGAGAGGCGACUGAGGAAAGGAAAGUGGAAAGGGAGGAGGAGAAGAGGGUAGGAGGGGAAGAGGAGAGGAUGAGGGAGGGCAAGGAAGAGAGUAAAAAAACGGGAGGAGGGGGGGUGAAGAGCACUUGUAGCUUCCAAGAUUUGGGCACCGAUGUUCGGUAUAGGAGGCGGGGGUUCCGCAAGACAACAGAAAGAAGAAACGAGGAAGAAGAAGAAGGAAGAGGAGAUGCGAGGGAUCGCAGAACAAGAAUAUUCCAGGCGUCAGAUGAUGAUGAGGAGGAGGAGGUGAACUUCAACUGGGGAGAUGUGGAUCUGAGGAAUGUCACGGAUACCAUCAGAAUGGCUAGGAGGAACUCCAAAUUUUACAAUUCACAGCUCUACCAGGAGUACAGUGAGACGGCUCAGAACAGGGAGAUCCUCAGUCAGUCUUGCUCUGACGCCCUCUCCAUCUACGAGGAGCUCCCUGUCCCCCUGUCCCCCGUACCCCCCUCUCUGGCCCCCUCGCUUCCUCCGGCACGCAGGCCCUUACCCUGUCUCCCCCCAGUCAUCCACCCCCACUCUCUGUCCCACUCUGGCUCUACCUCCAGUGGCACCAGUGCCAAGUUCCUACCCGUACCACAGCCGCCCCAGCCCCCCCCGGCCAGGCCUUCCUCUCCCCGCCUCUCCAUCUCCCUCACCCAGUCCCCCAGCCUGUGGCAAGAGAUCCCUGAGGUCAGGAACAGUGCUGCGUUUGGGGAGCUGACUAACGACCAGAGACGCCUGCAGGAGGUGCAGUUUGAGGUUGUAACUUCAGAAGCGUCAUACUGUCGUAGUCUGGAUAUUGUGGUGGAUCACUUUGUCAAGUCUAAGCAGCUCGGGGAGCUGUUGACUACUCAGGACAGGAGCUGGCUGUUCUCCAGGCUGGCUGAUGUCCGAGCCAUCAGCCACAGUUUUCUGUCGAAGCUGGAAGAGAGGGUGGAAUCUGAUAUGAUGCACUUCACCGUGUGUGACAUCAUCGCUCGCCACUGUCAACGCUUCAAGAAGGUCUACGUGCCCUACCUCACCAACCAAUCAUAUCAGGAUGCCACUUACCAGAGACUCAUGGAUGAGAACCAAGGGUUCAGGCGGGUAGUGGAGAAGUUGGAACGCAGUCCAGUGUGUCAGCGCCUUCCUCUUCGCUCCUUCCUCAUCCUCCCCUUCCAGAGGAUCACACGAAUCAAACUCCUUGUGCAGAACAUUGUGAAGAGAACAGCCCAAGGCACAGAGGAGGAGGUCCAGGCCAUCAAAGCUAUGAAGCUACUGGAGAGGUUGAUCCAGGAGAGCAAUGACAGUAUUACUCAGAUGAAGAGCAUUGAGUCGCUGGUCUCUCUCAGUGCCAGAGUGGACUUUGAAUGCAGGACUCUCCCCCUGGUCAGUCAGUCUCGUAGGCUGGUGAGAGAGGGACCGGUGACUGAGAUGAUGGAUUUCUCUCUGAAGGAGACAGAGAGGAGCGUCUACCUUCACCUCUUCAAUGACUACCUGCUGCUGUCGCUGAACAAAGAAGGGGGCAGGUUCACGGUGAUAGACCAUGCUCCAGUGUCAGAACUGCGAGCUGAGAACUGUCGGGUCAAACUGCACUCUCUAGAGAAGAACCUUUUCCGCCUCCACCUUAACAAGAAAGCCCUGCUACUUAGCACCGACACACAAGGUGAUAAACUGCGUUGGAUCUCAGCGGUCUCCAGGCCCCAUCCUGUUAUUGACUACUCUGCAGAACAAGACUUCACACAGAUGCAGUGCGUCCGAGCCUUCGUUGCCCACCAACCAGAUGAGCUGUCCCUGGAGAAGGCUGAGGUCAUUCUCGUCCACCAGCAGAGCAGCGACGGUUGGGUGGAGGGGACCAGGCUGUCAGACAGACACAGAGGAUGGACUCCUGAGUCCCAUUUGGAAACCAUAGCCAGCCUCAGGGUCCGACAGCGCAACCUGCUGGAUGCUCUAAAAAUUACCACAGCCACGGCUGCAGUAUGACAAACCAUCCACUGUCUGACUGCGCUGGGGGAAUCCUAGUCACUGUGUAUCAAUGUGGUGGAGUUACUGGGGACAUGUGGAUUUGGACAGUGGAUGAAACAUAGUGUUUCUGGAGUUGGCCUUCCCGGCCUCAGCCUGCUUAUUGGGGAUGAAUGGCAAGGGGAUGAAUGGCUUUAGAGGGGGUGCCUUAGAGAGAGGCACUGGACUGACAUGAAUACCUUUAACACUUACAGGAGUGUCAACGUAAAUUAUUGGAAGGGUUUUGGAGGUGUCUGGGAGUGUCUAGGGUAGCCUUGUAAAUCAAACCUUGCGAAUGAAUGCCGAUUGACUGUUACAGGAUCUAUUGGAAAUCAGCCAUCUAAGAACAUCAGUGGAUUGAGGACCUGUGGCCCCGGAGAAGGACAGAAGUUUCUCCAUAACUACUUUACUUGGGGACUUUAAAAAGACAUGGUAUGGGGCCUUCCGAGUGGCGCAGCGGUCUAAGGCCGCUACAGGUCACUACAGACCUGGGUUCGAUCCCAGGCUCUGUCACAGCCGGCCACGACCCGGGAGACCCAUGAGGCGGCAUACAAUUGGCCCAGCGUCGUCCGGGUUAGGGGAAGGUUUGGCCGGCUGGGAUGUCCUCGUCCCAUUGUGCUCUAGUGACUCCUGCACGCUGACUUCGUUUGCCAAUUGUACAGUGUUUCCUCCACAUUGGCUGGCUUCUGGGUUAAGCAAGCAGUUUUGGAAGACGCCUGGCUCUCGACCUUCGCCUCUCCCGAGUCCGUACAGGAGUUGCAGCGAUGAGACAAGACUAUAACUACCAAUUGGAUAUCACAAAAAAGGGGUAAAAAGUACAAAAACAAAAAUAAGACAUGGUAUGUGUUUUGCAAUAGAGGUUAUUGUAUUUGAAGAAAAUGUUUCUACAUAUUCAGGGAAAUGUAUUAUUUGUGUAUAUUACAAAGAUUUUCAUAAAGUACUUUUAUGGGGUACAUAUUUGCUGACGGCUCAAAUUGAAUAGUUCUGCUGCUCUAUGUUUACUACAUACUUCAGUCUAAGUAAGACUGCCAUCGUUGAAGUCGUUUGUGGUGACGUCUAAAUGAGGGGUGUUGUACAAAACAAAUGAAUCAGCUUUAACCAAUCAGAGUAUCAAAGCCAAUGACAAAUGUUUUAAAACGCCGCUUUAACGACGUGUGCACUGGAUCUGGCCCAACCCAUUGGUUUCUGGGACCAAUCAGAACGGUUAGAAUGUGUUUGCUUUCUAGAAAUCGUCAGGGAGGUACUCAGAUUCAGAUCCGGAGAAGAAACUAAUGUCUGUGGGCAAGGAGUAGCAUUUGGCUGGAGCAAAGAGUUUGAGUAGCCAGACAAGGAUACUUAAUCCCAUUUGAGAUACAGAAGACUAUGAGAUAAAGAGAGUUUGUAUGCACAUUGUUAAGAAUGUUGAAAGGGCUGUAAGUGCAAUACAUUUCCAGGACUGUGCAUGUAGCCUACACAAUUUGAUUUUAUGAAAAAGAGGUGCAAUGAUCAAAAUAAGCAGUUCUGUCUGUGUUGAGGAGACUGAGAAAGUAUGCUUUGGAAAUAAAUGACAAUACUCAUGAA